CGCCCACUUGGGGCGGGCACCGGCCAAUCACGGCGGGGCCGGGCAGCGCGCACAAGAUGGCGGACGGCGGCGCGGCCAAGCGGCCCCGAGAGGCUGAGGAGAGGAGGGUGGACUGGCGGCGCUGGAAGCAGGAGAGGAAGGCGGAGAAGAAGAAAUGGAAGGAGCUGAAGCUGCUGAAGAAGCUGGAGAAGCAGCGCAUGAGGGAGCUGGCGGAAAAGCAGGCGGAGCAAGCGCGGGAGGAGGAGCAGAAGGAGGACAGAGGGCGGCACUACACGCUGAGCGUCGCCCUGCCAGGCUCCAUCCUCAACAACGCCCAGUCGCUGGAGCUGCGGACCUACCUCGCUGGACAGAUUGCCCGAGCCUGUACCAUCUUCUGCGUGGAUGAGAUCGUAGUGUUUGACGAGUAUGGAGAAGAUGCAAAGAGUGUGGAGGGGGAAUUUGAAGGAAUUGGAAAGAAAGGCAAGGCUUGCGUGCAGUUGGCUCGGAUCCUGCAGUACCUGGAGUGCCCUCAGUACUUGAGGAAAUCCUUUUUUCCAAAACAUGGAGAUCUGCAGUUUGCAGGGCUCCUCAACCCUCUGGACAGCCCUCACCACAUGCGGAUGGAUGAGGACUCGGAGUACCGAGAAGGCGUGGUGUUGGACCGGCCAAGUAAACCAGGCAGAGGCUCUUUUGUCAACUGUGGGAUGAGGAAGGAGGUACAGAUUGACAGACAGCUGCAGCCCGGGCUGCGAGUGACGGUGCGCCUGCAGGAACCACAGAAUCCAGAAGCAAAAGUGCGGAAAGGCAUCGUGGUGUCCUCACACCACCCUCGGACGGUAUCAGGCUUGUACUGGGGCUACAGCGUCCGCCUCGCCUCCUGCCUCAGUGCUGUCUUCUCGGAGUGUCCAUUCAAGGAAGGCUACGAUCUCUCUAUUGGGACCUCAGAGCGGGGCAGUUCUGUGGACCAGGUCACUCUCCCCUCCUUUAGGCACGCCCUUGUUGUGUUUGGAGGUCUUCAGGGCUUAGAAGCUGGGGUUGAUGCAGAUGCAAACCUGGAGGUCACUGACCCCAGUCUUCUGUUUGACUUCUACCUGAACACUUGUCCCAGCCAAGGCAGCCGAACCAUCCGAACAGAGGAAGCGCUGCUGAUCUCUCUGUCUGCACUGAGACCUCGCAUCGAGGAGGCUGUGAAGACACCCACUGACAGCUGAGGGAAGGAAAACCACCGACCUUGUCCACUUUGGACUGCCUCAAGGAAGAGCCCUUUGCUAUUCAGACGCAGGGAAGCCCUGCCAAGCUCCUGGAGUGAUAAGCCUGGGGGAAGCUGAAGACACCUGACCAAAGCUGGCAGCACUGCUCAACCGAGCGUCCGGCUUCUGCUGGGACCAGCAAGUCUGGGCCCUUCCACCUGCAGCAUCCAGCCAAGAGCAGGUCGCUGCCUCGCAGCAGCUUGGGACAAGCCUGGCAGCAAACUGAGUCUCGGCAAUUCAGAUGUCUCAGGUGGGGAAUAAAACAGUACCAAACCUCA